AUGGCCGGGGCGAAACCGGGAGUACACGCGUUGCAGCUCAAACCGGUGUCGGUCCAUGAGGUGCUCAAACGGGGGAGCAAGUUUAUCAAAUGGGACGAGGAGGCCAACAGCAUACCCAGCCUUGUCACCCUAAAAGUGGACCCAGAUGGAUUCUUCCUCUACUGGUCUAUAGGGACCAGCAUGGAAGUGGAAGUCCUGGACAUUAGUCAAAUCAGGGACACCAGGACAGGGAGGUUUGCCAGGAUGCCAAAGGACCAACGUUUACGUGAGACGUUGGGAUUGAACAAAGGAGAUUGCAACUCAGAAUUAAAGCUGCUAACUAUAGUCUACGGCAACGACCUGGUCAACAUCUCCUUCCUCAACUUCCAAGCUGUACAGGAUGGCUAUUGCAAGGAGUGGACUGAUGAGCUGUUUAAACUGGCCACAAACAUACUAUCCCAGAAUGCUUCCCGGAAUACCUUCUUAUUGAAAGCUUAUACCAAGCUUAAGCUGCAGCUAAAUCAGGAUGGGAGAAUCCCAGUGAAGAACAUCCUGAAAAUGUUCUCAGAUAAGAAACGUGUGGAGAUGGCACUGGAGCACUGCGGUCUGGUCAAUAACAGGGCUGAGGCUAUAAAGCCAGAUGACUUUACCUGGGAAAUGUUCCAGAACUUUCUCAACAAACUAAGUCCCAGACCAGAAGUGGAGCGUAUCUUCGUGGAACUUGGCUCCAAAGGGAAGCCCUUCCUGUCUCUGGAUCAGUUGAUGGACUUUAUAAAUCGCAAACAGAGAGAUUCUCGAUUAAAUGAGGUUCUUUACCCACCGCUCAAGCGAGAUCAGGUUCACCAGCUCAUGGAGAGAUAUGAGACCAACACCAGCCAGCUGGAGAGAGAUCAGAUCUCCCUGAUGUGCUUCGCAAAGUAUCUUGGUGGGGAGGAGAACUCUGUGGUUCCUCCUGAGAGGUUGGACAUUAUUGAUGAUAUGAACCAACCCCUGUCCCACUAUUUCAUCAAUUCUUCACACAACACAUACCUCACAGUGGGUCAGUUGACGGGCCUGUCAUCAGUAGAGAUGUACCGCCAGGUGUUGCUGACAGGAUGCCGCUGUAUAGAGCUUGACUGCUGGAAGGGCCGCCCACCUGAGGAAGAGCCAAUCAUCACACACGGUUUUACCAUGACAACAGAGAUUUCAUUCAAGGAAGUAAUAGAGGCCAUCGCUGAAAGUGCGUUCAAGACAUCUCCCUACCCUCUCAUCCUCUCCUUUGAAAAUCAUGUGGACUCGGCAAAGCAGCAGGCUAAAAUGGCAGAGUACUGUCGCACUAUGUUUGGGGACGCGCUGCUCAUUGAAGCCCUGGAGAAAUAUCCGCUGGUUCCUGGUCAGCAACUGCCAAGCCCCCAGGAACUCAUGGGGAAGAUCUUGAUCAAGAACAAGAAGAAACAUCAGCCCAGGGCCUCUAACGGUGGGAGCAUCCGACGCAAGGACGGGACAGACGAACAGUCCUCACCUUUGAAUGAUUGUCCGUUGUCUGAUGGGGAGGUUGGCCAGCUCAUGUCCAAUGGGGGCGAGAAGUUUGGAGAGAGGAUGGCCAAAGAUCUUGAUAUCCACAAGUCUAUUGAUCGGGGAGAUGGGGAGACUGAUGAAGAGGAGGAAGAGGAGCCCAUUCCAGAUCCAAAGAAACACAACAACACUGAUGAGGGUACUGCGUACAGUGAGGUGAACGCUACAGAGGAGAUGUCUACGUUGGUCAACUACAUAGAACCUGUCAAAUUCAAAUCCUUUGAAGCGUCAUCCAAGAGGAAUAAGUAUUUUGAGAUGUCAUCCUUUGUGGAGACCAAAGGCAUGGACACAUUGAAGAACUCUCCCAUGGAGUUUGUUGAAUACAAUAAAAAGCAGCUGAGUCGCAUCUACCCCAAAGGGACGCGUGUGGACUCUAGCAACUAUAUGCCACAACUCUUCUGGAACGUGGGUUGCCAAAUGGUGGCACUUAACUUCCAAACUCUCGACUUGCCGAUGCAGCUGAACAUGGGGGUGUUUGAAUAUAACGGCCACUGUGGUUAUUUGCUGAAGCCAGAGUUCAUGAGACGCACGGACAAACACUUUGACCCCUUUACUAUGGACAUUGUGGAUGGCAUCGUAGCCAACACAGUUAAAAUCAAGAUCAUCUCAGGUCAGUUUCUGAACGAUAAGAAGGUUGGUGUUUAUGUGGAGGUGGACAUGUUUGGACUUCCUGCAGACACUAAAAGGAAAUAUCGAACAAAAACAUCUAACAACAACUCUCUGGACCCAGUCUGGGAUGAUGAAACCUUUGUGUUCAACAAGGUGGUGUUGCCCACCCUAGCAUCUCUGCGAGUAGCAGUGUAUGAAGAAAACGGGAAGUUUAUUGGACAUCGUGUCUUGCCAGUAUCAGCACUGCGCCCAGGAUAUCACUACAUCUGUCUGAAGAAUGAGCUGAACCAACCGCUUAUGCUGUCAUCCCUGCUUGUGUACACUGAGGCACAAGACUACAUUCCCAACGAGCACCAAGAGUAUGCAGAGGCUCUGACAAACCCCAUCAAACAUCUCUCUCUGCUAGCCCAGAGAGAAAGGCAGCUAUUAGCACUUAUGGAGGAUCCCACUGAGGGUGAACCUGUGAAACAAGAGGAAGUAGACAAUUUGGACCCUGGCUCAAUGACCUCUGGAGACCCUAUCUGCCCUCUGCCAUCUCCAGUACUUCCUUCUGUGCUCACCGAGGUCCUGAACCCUCCUGCACCAGGCCAAAAAGAAGAUUUAGUCAACAAUAUUCUUAACGUAAUCGAACCUCAGUCCAUUGAUGAGCUCAAGCAGCACAACUCCUACCUGAAGCUGUUGAAGAAGCAAUGCAAGGAACUCAAGGAGCUGAAAAAGAAACAUCUCAAAAAGAUGUGGGCUCUCAGUAAGGAAGAAAGGACUCGCUGUAAUCAGCUGAACUCUGACCUCCAGAGGAGACGGAGUCAGGUGGAGAAGCGUCUGCGCUCCAGUCUGAAGAAAAAUGGAUCAGAGGAGCCGGAGCAGAGGGAAUUGAACAAACUGAGUCAGGAGCUGCACACACAGAUGAAGCAUUUAAGAGAGGAGCACAUGCAGGAGCUUCUUGUGCUUAGACAUGCACAACAUCAGACAGAGAAAGAGGCUAAACAAUUCUACCUCAAAGAGGCCAAUCAGAAACUGAUGGAAAUCGCCCAAGAUUGCCAAGCAACCCAGAUCAAGAAACUCAAGGAAGUGUGUGACAAAGAGAAGAAAGAGUUACAGAAGAUUCUGGACAGGAAGAGGCAGAACAGCAUCACUGAGGCCAAGAAAGCAGAAAAGGACAAGGCUGAGGCCAGGGAGCUGAAUGAGAUCAAUAGAAAACACAUCAAUGAUUCGGUCAGCUUAAUCCGUCAGCUGGAAGUUUCUCAAGGGAAGCGUCAAGAGAAGUUAAAAGCCCUUCACAAGGACAUCCUUCAGAAAAUAGAGGAGGAGGUUCCUAUGGAUCAGGCCCGUCUGACACGCGACUGCGAGGCAGAGCUGAAGCGAUUGCCAGAGGAGAUCUCACAGUACCUGCAGGAGCUCGAGAACAAAGGCUCUCGUAAAGACACUCUGAUGGGUCAGGCCAAUGACAGCCCAUGCUCUGGCCCCCCCUCUAACUGCAGCACAUCCCCUUAUUCCUCCCCCAACCACAGCUGGAGCAGCAUGGGCAAUAUCUCUUCCUAACUGCUGGACCCCUCCU